AUGAAACCUUGGGGUCCUAAUAAUCAGCUUAUACAUGUGGUACAUCUUCGUGCACCAGAAUCAAAACUUCCAUCUAUUAUUUAUUUAAGUGGCCUGGGUAUUAGUAUGCAUUAUGUCAAACCAUUGCUUUUGAAAUUCGUUGAAUUUAUGGACGAGCCUGUUGAAGUAUUUUCAUUCGAUUUUCCUGGAUACGGUGCUUCUGAAUCUCGUAAUGAUUACAAUACAGAAAAUUUAGAAAGUGAACUCUUAUUGUUACGACAAGUAUUUACGAAAUCGAGACUUCGAAAGCCAUUUAUUCUUAUAGGUGGAUCACUUGGAGGUUUAUUAGUGCAUCUCUAUUAUUUGACAUAUCCAGAAGAUGUUGCAGGUAUUAUUCUAUUAGAUCCAACACCGUCCACCGUAUUUGAACGAGAAAGUCCAGUGGUAGCAGAUAUGGAUCGUACUGAACGUAUAGCUACAGAAUUACAAAUUAAAGUUGAUACAUUAACAAAUAAUGUAACAAAUUUAGAAACAAAUGAUAUUAAAACAAAAGAAAGUUUAGGAUCAAUUAAACAUAAUUUAUUAGAAAUCGAUGAAAAUUAUGUCAAAGAUAAAGAUAAAUUAGUACAAGAAAAAACAAAUAUUAGUAAUCAACAUGAACAAGCAUCAGUAAGAUCAUAUAAAUGA